AUGCUAGCCGACAGCCCCAGCGCCCAGACGCUCAACAGCUUCCAGUUCACCUUUGAGGCCUAUCUCGACCAUGCGUCACGCAUUGAGCCCGAUCCAAAUCCCACGGAAUAUGACUCGCACUCUUUGUCGGACAGCAUCGGCAGGUUUCAAGAAGAGUUUGGGCGCACGUACCAUUCGUACCGCGCGGGCUCCUAUCACUUUCCCAAUGACCCCACAGAGAACGAGCGCCAGGAGGAGCAGUUUGAGAUCCUCAAGAUAGUCAUGGACAAGAGGAACUACCUCUCGCCGUUUUCGGCCAGCGACCCCCCUAGAAAAGUGCUCGACCUUGCCACUGGGACCGGCACGUGGGCCAUUGAGAUGGGGGAUGAGUUCCCUGACGCUCAGAUUAUCGGCACUGACCUCUCGCCCAUUCAGCCGCCCUUCGUUCCGCCCAACGUGAGGUUCUACGUUGAAGACUCGACCGAGGACUGGGACUUUGCUACUGAUUUUGACUUUAUCCACACUCGGAUCACCAUUGGCUGCUGGUCAGACAUGAAGACGCAGGUCGUGCAACGUGCCUUUGAACAUCUCAAGCCAGGCGGCUGGUUUGAGAUGCAGGAGGUGGAUAUCGUCCCUACCUCGGACGACGGCACCAUCACCGACGACUUCCCCUGGAGGCGCUGGGCUCACGAUCUCAUAGCUGCUGGCAAGUAUGCCAAUCGGCAGCUGAACCUGGGCGGCGAGCCCCUGGCCGCGUGGCUUCGCGAGGCCGGGUUCGAGGACGUGCACGAGGUCGUGUUCAAGAUCCCCAUCAACGGCUGGCCGAGGGACACCUUUCUGAAGCAUGUUGGUAUGCUGUGGCAGCGCACCCUGAUGAUCGGCGUCAGCGGUUUCAGCCUCAGCUUAUUUCACCACUACCUAGGCAAAACCGUCGAGGAGAUUGAGGUGUCGUUGGUCGACGUGCGCCGAUGCUUGUUCGACCAAAAAGUACACGGCCAUAUGAAUUUCGUCGUCGUCUACGGGCGGAAACCAGAAACUAGUGCUUUCGGGGUUUGA